UUAUUCUAGCAUGACUAUCCAUCCUUCGCUGUAGACCCGGCUGGUUCCACUUUGAAAGAAAAAGAGGAGGCUUCUAGAAUAAUCUGGUGACCCUUUUCCGACUUCUGCGGGUGAAGCUACGUCUCUUUCUUGGGGAGUACAGACUUAUCCGGAACAGCUGGCUUGGGGAGAGAAGCAAGUGUUCAAACUCACAGCAGAAAAACUUUGGGGGAUCCAGGGUGGAGAAAGGAGCUAGAGGGGAAGAUCCCGCAGGGAAGAGGGGCGGGGACUAAAGGAAUGCCCCGCGCGACACCCACCCCCCCCUCGCCCCGCGCAGUCGCCAGGCCCUCCCUGCCCUCCUCCCUCCCUGUCCUCCUCCCUCUCCUUCCUCCCCUCUUCUUCCCUGUGUGGAUGGCCGCGGCCAGAGUCGGAGCACCAGCAGCGCUGCCCCAAAGCCUUUCUCUUUGUGUGGUCAUUGUACCAGAAGAAUUCACUCGGGAGCCAGUCCCAGGCUCUUAGAGACACAGAGUCUGAGUCUGCGCCGAGGCCCAAGAACAGCAGCAGCAUCAGCAGCUCCCGAUACUCCAGACUUCCAGGGCCACAUUCAUCAUGCUGUGUGACAGUCCCCAAAGUCCCUGAAGCUUGAGAGUCCUGAGAAAAGGUUUCCCAGAAGAAUUCAGAAUCAAAACUCAGGAGCCCUGCUUAUCUGAGAUAAUGUCCCUGACUCUUUGACCAGACCACAAGCCUGCCCUGAAGAUGUGUUCUACAAACCCAGGCGGCUGGGUCACCUUCGACGAUGACCCUGCUUUUCCGUCUUCUCAGAAGGUGAAGGAUUUCCCUCUGGAGACCCAAGGUGUUUGCAGACCAAAUGGACUGAAGCUGAACCUGCCUGGCCUCAGGGACCUUCCCAGUACUUCCUCCUCCACCAGCAGCACCCCCCUAUCCUCUCCCAUGGUUGACUUUUACUUCAGCCCGGGACCUCCAAGCAACUCUCCUCUUUCUACACCCACCAAAGACUUCCCAGGCUUCCCUGGCAUCCCUAAAGCAGGGUCUCAUGUGCUUUAUCCUAUUCCAGAAUGUUCUUCAAGCAGCCUCCCCACAACAGCAGCAGGAGCAGGUCCUCCGUUGUCACUCACCAAGCCAAGCAGCUUACCCCAUGCACAACUACCCAGUGAGCAUUCCUGCCCUCAGCUGCCUCCCAGAGUUGGUCUUGAAGAUGGCAGCAGCCCUCAGCGGGCCCGCGGGGAGGCGCUACAGUUUGAGUCUUUUCGAGAUGACUGUGCGUUUUCCAGCCCAUUUUGGAAAGAUGAAGGUAGCACUUCUCAGUUCCCCUUUGACUCCCUGGCAAGCAGAAAGCUGUUUUCCUCAAGGGACAAGGAAGUUCCCAUGGAUCAAAAAAGCCUUAACCAGUGUUCACUCAACUACAUCUGUGAGAAGCUAGAACACCUGCAGUCGGCCGAGACCCAGGGCCCUCUGGGAAACGUGUCUAUGAGGAGUCUGUGUGCUGGAGACACAGCUUCUUCUUUUGUGCCGCACACGCUCUUCCGGAGUCAGCCCAAAGCCGGAUGGUCCUUCAUGCUGAGGAUUCCUGAGAAGAAAAACAUGAUGUCUUCCAGGCAGUGGGGACCCAUUUUCCUAAAGGUUCUGCCAGGAGGGAUUCUGCAAAUGUACUAUGAGGAGGGGCUGGAAAAGCCAUUCAAAGAGUUCCAGCUUGAUCCAAAUUGCAGACUUUCUGAACCCAAACUUGAGAACUUCAACAUGGCGGGAAAAAUCCACACCGUGAAGGUGGAACAUGUGUCUUAUUCAGAGAAAAGGAAGUACCAUUCCAAGACGGAGGUGGUUCACGAGCCUGACGUAGAACAGAUGCUGAAGUUGGGGACCACAGAGUACAGGGAUUUCCUUGAGUUCCUGACUACUGUGGAGGAAGAGCUGAUAAAGCUGCCAGCUGUUGCGAAACCAAAGAGGAACUACGAGGAACAAGAAAUUUACCUGGAUAUUGUGGACAACUUUUGGGGUAGAGUAAGCAAGGAAGACGGGAAACUGGCUGACAGGGCUGUAAUGACUCAGAUCUCCUGCCUCUGCUUUGUGAACGGGGCGGCAGAAUGCUUCUUAACCUUGAAUGACCUUGAACUCCAGAAACGAGAUGAAUGCUAUUUUGAGAAAGAACCAGAAAAAAGAGGGAUUGAGAUUCUUAACUACCAUUUCCAUGCGUGUGUGAAAGCUGAAGAAUUCAAACAGUCCAGAAUCAUUAAAUUUGUCCCUCUGGAUGCUUGCCGUUUUGAACUGAUGCGGUUCCAAACGUCCUAUGAAGGGGAUGAGCUUCCCUUUUCCGUGAAGUCCACAGUGGCUGUGCAGGGGGCUUAUGUGGAACUUCAGGCCUUUGUCAACAUGACCCCUGGGCCUCAGAGGUCACCCCAUGCCAGUUCCUUGAGGUGUUGUGACAAUAUCAUGAUUCACUUUCCUGUCCCAGCCCAGUGGAUCAAGGCCCUCUGGACCAGGAACCUUCAGAGGCAGAAAUCCCUGAAAGCCAAAAUGAACCGUCGGGCAUGUCUGGGGAGUUUACAGGAACCUGAAUCUGAACCUGUCAUUCAGGUCACUGUGGGGUCAGCAAAAUAUGAGAGCGCCUACCGGGCUGUGGUGUGGAAGAUAGAUCGGCUUCCGGACAAAAACUCAAGUCCUGACCAGCCCCAUUGUCUGUCAUACAAGCUAGAACUUGGAUCAGACCAGGAGAUUCCCUUGGACUGGUAUCCAUUUGCUACUGUCCAGUUCUCAAUGCCUGAAGCCUCAGCCUCAAGGACAGAGGUGAGGUCUCUGGGAGUGGAGAGUGAUGUCCAGCCUCAGAAGCACACAUGUCUGCGGGCUUGCUACAACAUCCAGGUUGAAAUAGAAAAGAAGUGGAUCCAAAUAGACGGUGAAGACCCAGAUAAAGCCAGUGGCUGUGUGACUCAGUAAACGAUGAUGCCUCCAGCUCAGAUCCGCAACCCAGGCUGGGGCAGGAAGCUCUGCUACAACAUGGUCGGACUUAGUUCUAAGUAGCAUCCUGAGGCCACAGAUUUAGUGGAAUCUGGAGAAACGCAUGCCCCAACGCAGGCCGUAUGAUGUUACUCUUCUGAUAGAUUUUUGCUCUGGGAAUGUGAGCAGGAAUGUGUCCGUGCUCUGUGCCAGUUCCAUCUUCUUGAAAGUUGGUGGAGCUCCUUCUGAUGGGAAACCUGCUGGCCGCUUUGACUGGAGGGUAUUUGGGCUUUCUUCACCCAGUGACUUUGUUUUGUAAUGUGGGUUAAGUGAUUUCCCGGGCUUUCAGCAUAGUGAUUGAAUGAGAAUGGACCCCAUAGGCUCAUUUAUUUGUUUAGCACCAGGAAGUAGAACUGUUUGGGAGGAUUAGAAGGAUUGGGAGGUUUGGCCUGAUUGGCGUAAGUGUGAUCUUGUUGGAGGAAGUGUUUCAUUGAGGGGCUGGGCUUUGAGGUUUCAAAAGCCAUGCUAGACCCAGUCUUUCUCUCUCUACCCGUGGAUCAGGAUGUAGCUCUCAGCUAGGGCUCUAGCAUCAUGAGCACCCUCAAGUUCCUACCCUGCUCCUGCCGAGAUGAUAAGGUACUCACCCUUUGAAAACAAGCAAGCUAAUAAGCAGCUCCCCCCAUGGCCUCUGCAUCAGCUCCUGUCUCCAGGUUCCUGCUCUGAGUAAGUUCCUGUCCUGACUUCCUUCAGUGGUGAACAGUGAUAGGGAAGUGUAAGCCAGACAAACCCUUUCCUCCCCACCUUGUUUUUGUCCUGGUGAUUCUUCACAGCAAUAGAAACCCUAGCUUGAACUAUUAGCAUGUGGAUCACCAAGGAAGGCAGCCAAAGGAGACAGAGCCCCAAUUAUGCAAUGUGCUGAAGAUGGUUGGAAGGCAUGGGUUGAAAUGGGGAUUCGGAUGUAUCUGUGAUUGUGAAUUAUCUAUGCUCCUGUCCUGUGCCAACACUGGGGAAUCAUCCUCGGCUGUAUUUGUUUCCCUUGCUGCGGGGUCAUUUUCAAAAUGCCUUUGUAUUCUGAUUUGUGAUCCAAGGAAAUUAUUUCCACUGAUAUACAUAUUUUGGAAUGAGUCACUAAAAUACAGUGCUUUUUGGUCCGGGGAGAAUUCCUUUCAAAAUGAGAUCAGAAUCAUUGGACAUAAAUUAAAAUAUUUAUGUUCAUUAAAGGUGAACUUUAAAGUUCAUGAGUAUGGUUUUCUGAAAGUAGCAAUGCUAGGACUAUGUCUGGCCACAGUGUUUCCUGUAAUUAACGCAACCCUCUUGCUAGACGGCUAAUCCUUGGCUUGAUUCUGUAUGCUGGUGAAAUUCAAAUUCUGUUUUAUUCAAACUCUGCUUCGUUGAGAGUGUUUUCUUGGGCUGGAGAGAUGGCCCAGCUGUUAAAGGCUAGGCUCACAACAAAAGCCAUGAGAGCGUUUUCUUUGGCAGAUGUGCAAAGUGAGAGGCACCAUGUAAUUCUAGCUGUACUACUACAAGGAAGUAGUUCAACUCUUCCGAGUCGGAGGAAUGGCUUGAUGGUCCCGUUGUCUAAUGAGAUGUCAGUGGCAUUAGUAGCUAGACCUCUGCCUGGAAUUUCCUUUAGCACUUACCAUGACAAGUUAGAAUCCUAAAAUUUAUGAAAUCGACUUUCUGAGGAUUUUUUUUUUGUGUGUGUGUGUCUGAAAAAGAGUCCUCUAUGUCGUGUUAAUACAUGUUCGAUUCAUGUUGAGCCUUAUCUGAGACUGAAGACCUCCUUCCCCACUCACUGGGUUUGUUUUGUGUCGGAAAGUGACACAGCUGUUCUAAACCCCAUUUUUUUGUUGGCCUACAGAAUUUAUUUCAUGCAUCUAUCUUGUGUUACAUUCAUUUCGUUUCUUCACACAGAUAACAGCAAGCAUCCAUGAUGGUUUGUACCUUUCAGAUUUCAUUGCUCUUACUUCACUGUGAUGGCACAGAAAACAGAAGUCCAUGCCGAUGGGUUAUAUGGCUCUCCUUUAACUUUGUUUGAUAUGUAGAUCACAGUGUUGGCUUGAGGCUCAUUGGUGACGUGUAGAAACAUGUAUGUAUGCGAGCGCAUACUUUAUAAAAACCCCACCGUCUUUCCUUAUCCUCCGGAGUAGGCAUGCUUUCUCUUCAUUCUGCUUGAAACAAAUAUGCGAAGUGUUGCUGGGAAAUCCCAGGGAAGUUAGCUGAGGUAAUCACAUCUUUUUCUCUGAGGUGUUUUAUGGCCUCCUGCCCGGAAAGAACUCACAGUGGCUGCAGAUGAACUUCAUGCAUAUUCAUAUUGCAAAAGAAACCCAGCAAAGGGCCCCAGGCCUUACUCCUCCUCCCCUGAAGGAGGCUAGUAUGUGUGGGUCACACUGCUGUGGUCUUUCAGUCACAGGCCGCCCAGACUUCAGGACCAUCUCAGGCUUCAGUACGGGAAGACUGCCCCACACCCGAGUGAGCUUCUGGAGCAAUGCGGAUAGGAUUAGCAGCGGGCGCAUCUGCGUGGUUGUUAAUCUGCACAUUUAUCAAGGACCUCAGAUAUCCAUUAUUUAGUGUUAAAUUAACAUCAGGGAUGAGAGGCUGGAGGUCAGAUGUGACUCCUGAGCUCUACGUGAAAACUUAGCCUGUGUAAGAAGUAAACUGUCUUUAAGGGGCCAGCAGUGAUCUUCAAAAGCCCUUGCUUUUAAAGGAGGCCCAGAGGGAAUUCUAGAAAAAAAAACACUUCUUUGUAACAUUUUAAUUUAGAUAAUUUCUGUAGACCACUUUGGAGUCUGUGGCCAACUUCAAGGACACCAGCAGUUUAUAACUUGUUCUUCUGCCUUCACUGCCCUGGUCGGGUCGUCUAGCCAGCACGGGGCCAUAUUAACUGUUAAUAAGUUCAUGGGGUUGGUUGUUACAUGAUCAGUUAUGCAGGUCUGAGGGCAAGAACACUUCUUGUGUCCAGUGGAACCGCUAAAGUUAAUCAGUUACAAAGGAACUGCAGCUCUCCGGCUCGCCUUUAGGACUGGUGUGUGUAUCCGAGACCUAAGCACCUUUCCUUCAGGAGGUGUGUGUCUGAUCUCUCCCCUUUCGUAAGGUUCCUUAACAAUGACUUAUGUUUUACUCGCAGUGUGACUUAUUUGACCUGUCAUAACAAAUACAGAACAGAUUGAACUUUGAUAAUCAUGUAACAAAGUAUUUUGUAGAUUACAUAUUGAUUUUUAUAAAAUUAAAGACGUAUUUCAAAUGGUU